GUCCGGCGGUCGUUGCCGUUGGUUUCGCCACUUUGCCUUCCGCAGCCAGCAUGGCAGACGAGUCCAUCGAACGCGUCCUCACGGUCAUCAACCAGUGCUUUGCCUUUGCGAUCCCGCCCCAGUCGUCGGCUGCGGGCCACCGCGCCGACUCGUGGCCCAAGGACCCGGUCUGGACUGGUCGCCUCGUCAUCUCGGUGGUCAACGACGUGACGCAAGUCCAGCUCCGCGAUCCCAAGACAGGUGGCCUCUUUGCGGCUUGCCCCAUCUUGAAGGACGGGACGCCCUCGGUGCAAAAAGUCGUCGAUAGCAGCCGCUACUUUGUGCUGCGCAUCGUCGACGCCAAGUCGGGGCGCCACGCGUUCAUCGGCAUUGCGUUCGAAGAUCGCAACGACGCGUUCGACUUCAACGUGGCGAUCGACGACCAUCAAAACGAGAUGAAGCGCGAAGAAAAUGCGAUCGCCGAGGCCAGCUCCAAGCCCGCGGUCGCCGUCGACUACUCGCUCAAGCAAGGCCAAACAAUCAAAAUCAAACUCAACAAGAAGACUAAGGAAUUCGACCCGAGCCCGAGUCCGGCACCGGUCCAGCCGUUCGCGCAAGCAUCGAGCAGCGCCAGCGGUAGCAAGAACGCAGACCUCCUGGGCUUCGGUGCCUUUGACGCACCUGCGUCCAGCACACAGCAGGCAGCGCCGAGUACGUGGGAGACCUUCUAGUUCCAACCACAUCUGGACGACAAGACACGAAACCAAAACAACAAGCUUUCCAGACGUCGUCGGUCGUCGUUUACGCGCGCUUGUCGCCGUUCCACUUGUAAAAGCCUUCGCCCGUCUUGCGGCCGAGCUUGCC